AUGGAGGCGGAGCAGAUUCAGGAAUGCCAGACGGAAGAGGUGGGCGGCCGGCUCCUGGACACGGAGGAGGGCCGCUCGAUGAGCGUGCAGGCGAUGCAGAUGCUGUUCGACCUGUGCCAGAACCGGCAGCUGUGCGACGCCGUCAUCCGCCUCGACGACGGGGGCGCCUUCUACGUGCACCGCAACCUGCUCUCCGCCUGCAGCUCCUACUUCAGGGCGCUGUUCACGACGUCGCUGCACUCGAGCUGCCGCACGGACGUGCUGGUGCCGGGCGUGUCCUCGGAGGACAUGGGCAACAUCAUCAAGUACGCGUACCUGCGGCGCGCCGACCUCACGCCGGACAACGCGCUGCGCCUGCUCGUCGCGGCCGACUACCUGUGCGUGCUGGGGCUGCUGCGCCUCUGCUGCCAGUACGUCACCAACUCGCUCUCCCCGCACAACUGCCUCGGCGUCAUGAUCUUCGCCAGGGACCACUUCUGCGAGGAGCUGGAGAAGACUGCGCGGCUGUACACGCUGCGGAACUUCGUGCGCGUGGCGGCGGACAGCGACGAGGUGCUGCAGCUGCCGGCCAACGAGCUGCGCGCACUGCUCGCCGACGACGACCUCAACCUGCGCUCCGAGGAGGCGGCGUGGGAGUGCGUGCUGCGCUGGAUGCAGCACGACCCGGCCGGCCGCCGCGAGCACCUGCUGCCGCUGCUGCGCGCCGUGCGCCUCGGCCUGCUCGACACCAAGUACUUCCUCGAGAAGGUGAAGGACCACCCGUUCGUGAGCGGCAACGAGGCGUGCCGGCCGCUGGUGAUGGAGACGCUGCGCUACCUGUACGACCUGGAGAUGCGCGACGGCGAGCAGCAGACGCCCGACUGCGCGCGGCCGCGGGUGCCGCACGAGCUGCUGUUCGCCGUGGGCGGCUGGAGCGGCGGCAGCCCCACCAACUGCCUCGAGAUCUACGACACGCGCGCCGACCAGUGGGUCAAGGUGAACGAGGUGGACCCUACUGGGCCGCGCGCAUACCACGGCACCGCCGUCAUCGGUCACGACAUCUACGUCAUCGGCGGCUUCGACGGCAUGGACUACUUCAACUCGUGCCGCCGCUUCAACGUCGUCACCAAGGUGUGGCGCGAGGUGGCGCCGAUGCACAGCAGGAGGUGCUACGUGAGCGUGGCGAUGCUGGGCGACAUCAUCUACGCGAUGGGCGGCUACGACGGCCACCACCGGCAGAGCACCGCCGAGCGCUACGACCACCGCACCAACCAGUGGUCGCCCAUCGCGCCCAUGAACGCCCAGCGCUCCGACGCCAGCGCCACCUCGCUAGACGGACGCAUCUACAUCACGGGCGGCUUCAACGGACAGGAGUGCAUGAACACGGCCGAGGUGUACGACCCGUCGGUGAACCAGUGGACGCUGAUCCGGCCCAUGCGUUCGCGCCGCAGCGGCGUCUCCUGCGUCGCCUACCACGGCUGCAUCUACGUCGUCGGUGGUUUCAAUGGCAUCUCAAGGAUGUGCAGCGCUGAGAAGUACAACCCGGCAACCAACGAGUGGACGCCCAUACCGGACAUGUACAACCCUCGCAGCAACUUCGCCAUCGAAGUGAUUGACGAAAUGCUGUUUGCUAUUGGCGGUUUUAAUGGCGUCACCACCAUCUUCCACGUCGAGUGUUACGACGAAAGGACCAACGAAUGGUACGACGCGACGGACAUGAACGUGUGCCGGUCCGCGCUGUCGGCGUGCGUGGUGAAGGACGUGCCCAACGUGCGGGACUACAUCCACCAGCAGCGGGAGCGUUUCGUCGAAGAGAAGCGCCUGGGCGCUUCGGCAGCCCGCCAGGCGCCUCAGCAAGCCGCUAGCCAGGAAGCGGAAGCGAUGCAGACGGACGAAAACAACAACAACGCAGUGAACAACAACAUUGUACUGCCCGAGGUGGUGGUGGUACCGGCGCUGCUGGUGGCCGACGUCGCGCACGACGCAGAUUCCGGGCCGCAGCUGGUGCCGCCGGGAGACCAGCAGGGAAGCGAGGAAGAAAGUGACCCGGAAGAACCGAUGGAUGCGAUGGAUGAGGAAGAGGAAGAAGAAGAUGAGGGCAGAGGCGAGGGUGAGCGCGACACAGAUUUUGACGAUGUAGAGCUGGAUCUGGACCGCGACAGUGACUCCACGCCAGAGCUGGACUGA